GUUGGCCAUCUAUCUAUUAUUGUGGCAAAUUUCAGAAAAUUCUUUGUGGUGACACCGUGACACAUGUUUGAUACACGUAUCACGUAUUGACAAGUUGCAGUCAAAAAGAAUAAACAUGCCUCAAUACACAAUUAAAGUAAAAUGGGGCAAAGAGCUCUUUUCUAAUGUAGAAGUUAAUACCGAGGAAGAUCCAAUAUUAUUUAAAGCACAGCUCUUUGCGUUGACUGGGGUUCAGCCAGAGAGACAAAAAGUUAUGCUGAAAGGAAUGACACUUAAAGAUGAUGAUUGGGGCAAUUUAAAGCUUAAAGAUGGUGUCACAAUACUUAUGAUGGGUUCUAAGGAGGAAGAUGUACCUACAGAGCCAAUAGAAAAGCCAGUGUUCUUGGAAGACAUGAAUGAAGCUGAAUUGGCUACUGCUUUAGAUUUGCCAUCUGGUUUACUUAAUCUUGGCAAUACAUGUUAUUUAAAUGCAACAGUACAAUGUUUAAAAACUGUACCAGAAUUACGAGAAGCCUUGAAAAUUUUCUCAGGAGGUUGGACUACAGGUGCGAGUUUAUCAAUAACUGCACAAAGUAUAACUGCAUCGUUAAGGGAUUUGUAUGACAAUAUGGACAAAGGAACAGCAAGAGCGCCACUUGUUUUGCUUCAAAUGCUACAUUUGGCUUUUCCAAGAUUUGCAGAAAAAAACGAACAGGGUGUAUUUCAGCAACAAGAUGCAAAUGAAUGUUGGACAGAGUUAAUUAGAAUGUUGCAACAGAAGUUGCCCACAAAGAACAAUCCAGAUGUACCAGAAGAUAAUAAUAAAGCUUCUAAACCAAGAUCAUUCAUUGAACAAUACUUUGGAGGUAUAUUUGAUUGUGAGUUGAAGUGUAUUGAAUCCGAAGAUGAGCCAGCCACUGUUGCGAAAGAAGAAUUCUUACAACUGAGUUGUUUUAUUUCAACUGAUGUUAAGCAUAUGUAUUUUGGACUUAGAAACAAAAUGCAGGAGCAAAUAACAAAAAUGUCACCAACACUUGGAAGAAAUGCCACUUAUACAAAAACGUCAAAAAUUAGCAGGUUACCAGCAUAUUUAACCAUACAAUUCGUACGGUUUUAUUACAAGGAGAAAGAAGCAAUUAAUGCGAAAAUCUUAAAAGACGUUAAAUUUCCUUUGGAUUUUGAUGCUUUUGAAUUAUGUAGUUCUGAACUUCAAACCAAACUUAUACCAAUGCGUGAAAAGUUUAAAGAAUAUGAAGAUAUUUUGGUAGAGGAAUCUUGUAACGCAACUAAAGAUAAAGAAGAUAGUGUAAAAAAAGAGAUGAGAAAAGAACCAUUCUGGUUUAAAGAUGAUUUGGGAUCGAAUAAUAGUGGUUAUUACAAAUUACAAGCUGUUUUGACACACCGAGGACGUUCCAGCAGUAGUGGUCAUUAUGUCGGUUGGAUUCGACAAAAGGGUGACACAUGGAUGAAGUGUGAUGAUGAUGUUGUUACAGCCGUUACUAGUGAAGAAGUUUUAAAACUUAGCGGAGGCGGUGAUUGGCAUUGCGCAUAUGUUCUUUUGUAUGGUCCUAGAAUUUUGGAAGUGGAAGUGAAGGAUACAAAAGACAAUUCAGUUAAUACACACAAUACUGAAAUUGAUAAAUAAUUGCUUUAAAUUAUGCUCUAGAUAAGAAAUUACUUGGGUUACUAGCUUCAUACAAAUAUUUGUUUGUUCUUGUACGAAUUAAUAACAGUGUCAUUAAAAAACAUC